CGGGCCGCCCAAAAGACGCUAGCUGUCGCACCUCUACCUCUCCGCGCGAGAUUUUUCUCUGAGACAAGAUUCUAAGAGAUUCUCCUUGAAUCAGUUCCAGAUAGAGGCUUAAUCUUCUGAAAAACAGCCCAGAAUGGCCACAUCCCUGGAACCUGAGGAACAAAAAGGACUUUUAAUAGUUAAGGCAGACCAUUAUGGGGGACAGGACUCCAUCUCACAAAAGUACAGUCCUCACAGAAGGGAACUCUUCAGGCAGCACUUCAGGAAGCUCUGCUAUCAGGAUGCACCUGGACCCCGUGAAGCUCUUACCCAGCUCUGGGAGCUUUGCCACCAGUGGCUGAGGCCAGAAUGCCACACAAAGGAGCAGAUUUUAGACCUGCUGGUGCUUGAACAGUUCCUGAGCAUUCUCCCUAGGGACCUGCAAGCAUGGGUGCAGGCACACCAUCCAGAGACUGGAGAGGAGGCGGUGACUGUGCUGGAGGAUCUGGAGAGAGAGCUUGAUGAACCUCGAAAGCAGGUCCCAGCCAAUUCAGAAAGACAGGACACACUUUUGGACAAGUUGGCCCCCUUGAGAAGGCCACAUGAGUCACUGACUAUCCAGCUCCAUCACAAGAAGACCCAGCAGGAGCAGGAAUCUGGGGAGCCCCAAAGGAAUGGUGAUAAAACCAAGACUAAGAAUGAAGAGUUGUCCCAGAAGGAAGAUAUACCCAAAGACAUGGAAUUCCUUGGGAAAAUAAACAACAGACUUACCAAAGCUAUUCCUCAGUAUCCUGAAUCCAAAGAUGUUAUUGAAAGUGAAGGCAGAUUCGAAUGGCAACAGAGGGAAAGAAGACGCUAUAAAUGUGAUGUCUGUGGAAAAAGUUUCAGUCAUAGCUCAGACCUUAGUAAACACAGGAGAACUCACACUGGAGAGAAGCCCUAUAAAUGUGACGAAUGUGGAAAAGCCUUCGUUCAACAUUCACAUCUCAUUGGACAUCAUAGAGUACACACUGGAGUGAAACCCUAUAAAUGUAAAGAAUGUGGGAAAGAUUUCAGUGGGCGCACAGGUCUCAUUCAGCAUCAGAGAAUCCACACAGGAACUUCCGCAGUGGCACAGUGGUUAAAGAAUCCGCCUGUCAAUGCAAGGGACAUGCAUCCGAGCCCUGGUCCGGGAAGAUCCCACAUGCCACGGAGCAACUAAGCCUGUGCACCACGUCUACUUAGCCUGCGCUCUAGAGCCUACGAGCCACAACUACUGAGCCCGCAUGCCACAACUACUGAAGCUCGCGCACCUAGAGCCUGUACUCCGCAACAAGAGAAGCCACUGCAAUGAGAAGCCCAUGCACCGCAACAAAGAGCAGCCUUGGCUCACCGCAACUAGAGAAAGCCCGCGUGCAGCAACGAAGACCCAACACAGCCAAAAAAAAAUAAAAUAAAUAAAUAAG